AAUUUGAGAUCCUCCGUCGGAUCUAAAGGUGAAAGACAUCCAUUCGCGGCCUCCUCUCAGCCGCGACUGUGGCCUUACUACGCCCUCACAUCCUUCCCUCUUUGAUCGACACACUCUCACUCUGAAACACGCGUAUAUAGCAUCUCCCUGUUGUGCUAGAACCGCCGUAUCCUUCGUUAUAACAUCGUCGUUCAGCAAGGUGAACAUUCAGCCUGUUUUCUCUGGAGUUAUAGUUAGUUUGGUCUUUCGAGAUACACAAAUAGUCUAAAGGUGCAAAAUGCAUCCUCCUCUGACAAUUCACAGGCAUCCAAUGUGUGCUGAGAUCAUUGAGCUUUUUCAGAAGUGCCAUACAGAUCAUCCUCUUGGGAAGUUUUUUGGUGAAUGCACGGAUUUAAAAAUUAAGCUUGAUAAAUGUUUUCGGCAAGAGAAAGCCCUGAAGAGGAAGGCAAAUUUUGAGGAAAGUAAAAAACUAAAAGAGAGAUUGAGAGAAUACAGGAUUCAAAAUUCGGAAACAAUGGAUUAAGAAGAGCUUUGUAUAAACUCCAACUUAAAACUAGUUGAGAAAAGUUGCUAAUUCUUCAUAUACGGGCCUCACGCACAAGUUGAAUGCUGCAUCAGUCAUCUGCAAGAUGGGGUCAUUCCUUGUAUACAUCCUGGUAUGUGCCCAAUAUCGUAUUUUGCCACUGAGUAGAGAGUGGUGAGACAAGGCGUGAGAAAAAAACAUAUUUCUAUAUUUUUCAGACAGUGUGGAAAAUACUGAAUUUGGCAUCUAGUAGCGUUUAUGUAGUGAUUCUAUUUGCUGAGAAAAUAGAAAUAAAGUAUUCAUUUAGUUGUCAACAUAUAAUGAAACUGAUACUAGUAUCUAACUUGUGAUAAUAUAUGUUGAGAUUGAAAUC